AUGGUCGACUGUAUCAGAGUACUCAAAUCGUUCAUGGUAUCUCCUGCGCAUCCUGCCUUCAGGCGACACGAGGGCUUUACCUCGGAUUUUUACUCACUUCACUACAUUCUGUUCACAGAAAUUUCCCUGCUCGGUAAGCAUUUGAUCUCAUUUUUUCUUAACAAAUUUGACUCCAUCGCGGGUUGCUACGUUGAUGAUCAACUCUUCCAUUAA